AUGGGCCACGACUCCGGGUCCAGCGCCGGCGCAGGCGUGGAGUCCCUCUCGCUGGACCUACUCGCCCACGCGCUGGCGGGCGUCCGCGACCCGCGGGACCGCAAGUCGUGCCGCCUCGCCAGCCGCGCCUUCGCGCGCGCCGAGGCCGCGUCCCGCCGCGCCGCGCGGGUGCUCCGCCGGGAGGCGCUCCCGCGGGCGCUGCGCGCGUUCCCGGCGCUGUCCUCGCUCGACCUCUCCGCGUGCGCGGGCCUCGACGACGCCUCCCUCGCCGCGGCGCUGCCCGUGCGGCUCGCGCGGGCCAGCGGCGUCGGGUGGCGCGGCCUGGAGGCGCUCGUGGCGGCGUGCCCGAGGCUCGAGGCCGUCGACCUCUCCCACUGCGUCGCCGCCGGGGACAGGGAGAUGGCCGCCCUCGCCGCGGCCGGGCUCAGGGAGCUCGUCAUGGACAAGUGCCUCGGCAUCACCGACGUCGGGCUCGCCAAGGUCGCCGUCGGCUGCCCCGGGCUCCAGAGGCUCAGCGUCAAGUGGUGCCGCGAGAUCUCCGACAUCGGCGUCAAGCUGCUCGCCAAGAAGUGCCCCGAACUGCGCAGCGUCGACAUCUCCUACCUCAAGGUGACCAAUGAAUCCCUUAGAUCAGUCUCCACUCUUGAGAAGCUAGAGGACAUAGCAAUGGUCAGCUGCUUGUUUAUAGAUGAUGAUGGCCUACAAAUGCUAAGUAUGUGCAACUCGCUGCAGAGUAUUGAUGUAUCGAGGUGUCACCAUGUGUCUUCUCUGGGCUUAGCUUCACUCAUAGACAGUCAAAGAUUUCUCCGAAAAAUAAAUGCUGCACACAGUUUGCAUGAGAUAGAGACUUGUGUUCUGAGCAAAUUAUCAACAAUAGGCGAAACUUUGACUGUUUUAAGACUCGAUGGCCUUGAAAUCUUUGCCUCAAAUCUUCAGGCAAUUGGUUCUACCUGCAAGAAUUUGGUUGAGAUUGGGCUUAGCAAAUGCAAUGGCGUUACAGAUGAUGGUAUUGUUUCGCUAGUUGCUCAUUGCUGUGACUUAAGGACUAUCGACGUGACAUGCUGCCAUCUUCUUACAAAUGGUGCCCUUGCUGCAAUUGCCGAGAACUGUAGAAAGAUUGAAUGCCUUCGACUGGAAUCCUGCCCUUUUAUAAGUGAGAAGGGACUAGAGCCAAUCGCAACCCUCUGUUCCCACCUUAAGGAGGUUGACCUCACUGACUGUCGUAUUAAUGAUGCAGCUUUGCAGCACUUGGCAAGUUGCUCGGAACUGCUGAUCUUGAAGCUUGGCCUCUGCUCUAGUAUUUCUGAUGAAGGCCUUGUUUAUAUUAGUUCAAACUGUGGAAAGCUUGUGGAACUUGAUCUAUACCGUUGUAGUGCUAUUACUGAUGAUGGGCUGGCAGCUGUAGCUAGUGGCUGCAAGAAGAUCAGGAUGCUAAACUUAUGCUAUUGCACCCAAAUCACCGAUGCUGGUUUGAAGCAUGUAAGCGCUCUGGAAGAACUCACAAACCUGGAGUUGAGAUGCCUCGUGCGCAUCACGGGCAUUGGGAUCACCUCCAUCGCCCUUGGUUGCACUAGCCUGAUAGAACUGGACCUUAAACGCUGUUACUCUGUGGAUGAUGCUGGCCUGUGGGCUCUUUCAAGAUACUCCCAGAACCUUAGACAACUUACUAUCACCUACUGUCAAGUCACUGGCCUGGGCCUGUGCCAUCUGCUGGGCUCACUGAGGUGCCUCCAGGACGUGAAGAUGGUUCACCUCUCCUGGGUCUCCAUUGAAGGGUUUGAGAUGGCGCUGCGAGCGGCGUGUGGGAGGCUGAAGAAGCUGAAGCUGCUGGGUGGGUUGAGGUCUGUGCUCUCCACCGAGCUGCUUCAGAUGCUGCUGGCUUGUGGCUGCCGUGUCCGCUGGGUUGACAAGCCGCUUGUCUACGAGGGAUGA